UCUAUUAAUAUCUUUUUAGUCGAGCUCGUCCCGUCAUGCUUAGGUGUGGUGCAUUUACAUAUUUCAUUUGUGGGCUAUUGUAUUUACCCGUGGCAAUCGCCGGGGUUGCCGAAAAAAAGAGGGAAUCUACACCUAAACAAAAGGAUUCUAUUGGUCUUGGAUAGUUGGAUUUGGCUGUUCGUUUUCAUCGAGUGAGCAAAUGGAGUCAACGCCGGAAAAAAUGAACUUUGGAAAAUCUCUGUUAGUUCCAAGUGUUCAAGAGCUUGCCAAACAGCACCUAACUAAUAUUCCGUCCAGGUAUGUCCGCUCAGAACAGGAAUCUCCGGUCAUUUCCGCCGCAGCAUCAGUUCCAAUUAUCGAUCUUCAAAAGUUGAUAUCAGGGGAUUCUGAGCUUCAAAAGCUUCACUUUGCUUGCCAACAAUGGGGUUUCCUACAGGUUAUAAACCAUGGAGUGACACCUUCGUUGUUGGAGGACUUCAAGAGAGAGGUUAUUGAAUUGUUCAAACUUCCAAUGGAAGAAAAGAAGAAACUAUGGCAACAGGAAGACAAUCAUGAAGGCUUUGGACAGCUAUUUGUUGUAUCAGAGGAACAGAAACUUGAUUGGAGCGACAUAUUUUACAUAACUACUCUUCCCUCUCAUAUCCGGCAAAUGGACUUGUUUCAAAAAUUGCCUUCAAAGCUCAGGGAAAUCAUGGAAGCAUACUGUAAAGAAAUCAAGAACCUAGCAAUGAUCAUCUUAUGUCAAUUGGCAAAGGUUUUAAGGAUGGAUGAAAAGGAAAUGCGAGAUCUAUUCAGUGAUGGUGUGCAGUCAAUAAGGAUGAAUUAUUAUCCUCCUUGCCCCGCGCCAGAAAAAACCAUUGGCCUCAGGCCUCACUCUGAUGCAGAUGCCCUCACCGUCCUGUUUCAGCUAAAUGAAACUGAAGGUCUCCAAGUUCGAAAAGACGGUAUUUGGGUGCCUGUAAAACCCCUCCCAAAUGCUUUGAUUGUGAAUAUUGGCGAUAUUAUGGAGAUAGUAAGCAAUGGUGUUUAUAGGAGCAUUGAGCACAGAGCAAUUGUAAACUCAAACAAAGAGAGGCUCUCUGUUGCAACAUUCUACAGCUCCAACCUCGACUCCGAAUUGGGACCUGCACACAGCCUUACUGGACCAAAUAAUCCUCCAAUUUUCCGAAGAGUUCCAUUGGAUAAAUAUUUCAAGGAUUUUUUUGCACGAAAACUUGAUGGAAAAUCGUAUAUUGAUUUCAUGAAGGAAGAGACGAUGGAUGAUGAAUCCUAGGGAGAAUUUUGAUAAUUUAGUUGGUUAUUAGUAUUUUUACGAGUUACACUUGCUAUUGUUUAAAUGGCUGACAUUACUUUCCUUGUUUUGAACAAUGUUGGGUUUCUUGAAAAAAAUUGAAGAAGGUUUGUUUCUCCCCGUUGCUAAUGAAGAGAAGAACUUUUACGCUUAUAUAGAGAAACACUUCAUC